ACGGUUUGUUAGCGAACUAAAGUGACCGAUAUGAGAAAUUAACCUAAGGUGCAGUUUGUGAUUUAGUUUAGUUAGUUUAAUAAAACGCCCAAAAAUAUAAUAAAUGGACUCACCAACGUAAUGUCCAAGCCUCACAAUACCAAAUAACGCCUAUAUAAGAUUUCUACUUUGACAACAUGAACGACAGUUCAUUCGAGUGGCCACACUGGCGCUGGGAUUGGGAGCGUAUGUGUGGCCCGGGAGGUUUGAAAAUUUGGUCUCAGCCUCGACACGAUUUGGGGUUGUGUUUUCAAGAGUUAUACCUCCAGAUUCCCGUUUUGGGCCUUUUUGCAUGUGCCUCAGCAUACUACGUUGGGAGCCAUAUUGGAUACGUAACCAGGGGCCCCGUCCAGCUCUAUGCGAUCUACUUCCGAUGUUUGGUAUCUCUAUGUUCGGCUCUACUUCCACUUUUACAGAUUUACAUUGAUUUGAAUAUAAGUCAGGAGGUUUACUACGUUUCGUAUUUUUUGUGUGCAGUACAAGGAAUUACAUGGUUUUGCCACUUCUUGUAUGCUUUAGUUUUGAGGAAGAGACUAGGGCUGAGCCCUCGAGGGCCGGUCUUUGUGUGCGUGUUGUGGACUUUAUUAUUUGUUUUGAAUGUAGUUUCGGUGCGUAGCCACGUUUUGGUGUAUAAAUUUGCAGUUAAACCGGGAUUUAGUGUAUAUGUUGCGUAUGGGUUUAGUGUUUGUCAGAUUAUCUUGCAAAUUGUUUAUGGUCUCACUCUUGUUCCAAGUGAAGGGAGUACCACUUAUCUCAAUUUCGCAAAUAGAUAUACUGAGAUUGGGGAAACUCAGCCACUCUUGAGCAAUGCUUAUAUCAGGUUUACCGAAGAGGGGGAUCCCAGUUAUUUGGGAGUGGCAAUGGAGAAUGUCACGUGGCUUUCAAGACUGUUAUUCUAUUGGGUCAAUCCUUUAAUGGAGAAAGGAGUACAAGGAAAAUUAAACAAUUCGGAAGAUUUAUACGAUUUACCCUUUUCUCUCAAUUGUGGUACUGUUAGUACUAAACUUGACAAAGCCUUAACUGGGAAUGUUGAUGAGAUAAGAAGACGACAGUUAACUUGUUCUAUUUCAAGUCAGUCAACACCUACCUCACCUGAUGUCACUUUUAUCGGUGUGAGACGACACAACGUAUCUUUAUUCAAAGCUCUUCAUAAGUGUUUUUGGGUACAAUUUUACAGUAUCGGUUUUUUGAAAUUCAUAGCAGAUUGUGCCGGUUUCGCUUCUCCUUUGUUGCUAAACCGGCUAGUCACCUUCAUCGAAGAUAAGUCAGAAGACAUAAAAUGGGGCUACUUGUACGCUUUUCUACUAAUGACAGUUACUUUGAUUUCGUCGUUUUGUGACUCUCAUUUCAAUUUCUUGAUGUCGAUGGUCGGUUUGCGAAUGCGUGGAGCUUUAGUUACCACGAUUUACCGUAAAACACUAACCGUAAGCGAGACUGUUUUAAAUUCGGCUUUUUCGCUCGGAGAAAUUGUAAAUUUUAUGUCGACUGACACGGAUCGGAUCGUCAAUUCGUGUCCGAGCUUCCAUUCUUUCUGGAGUAUUCCGUUCCAACUCGUUAUAACUUUAUAUCUCUUGUAUAGUCAAGUAGGUUUAGCGUUUAUUUCUGGCGUCUUAUUCAGUAUAGUAUUAAUCCCGAUAAACAAGAUAAUUGCAAAUAAAAUCGGACAAUUGAGUACGAAGCUAAUGAAAGAAAAAGAUAUGCGCGUAAAAAUGGUGACUGAAGUAUUACGAGGGAUUAAAGUCAUUAAAUUGUACGUUUGGGAGCAGCAUUUCGUGCGUAUUAUCACAAAAUUAAGAGACAAGGAACUGAAAUAUCUUAAAGGGAGGAAAUAUCUUGACGCUCUUUGUGUAUAUUUUUGGGCUACGACACCAGUCCUGAUCUCAAUACUCACAUUCGCGACUUAUGUACUAAUGGGAAAUAAGUUAACGGCAGCUACCGUUUUUACCGGCAUUGCUUUACUCAACAUGCUUAUAAGUCCUCUCAAUGCGUUUCCUUGGGUCCUCAACGGACUCACCGAAGCGUGGGUGUCCCUCAAAAGGAUACAAAGACUACUGAAUUUGGAAGACUUGGAUUUGGAAGUAUUCUACAAUGAGACGAUGCUAGAAACUGAUCAAAAUAGCGACAUUGUUAUCAAAAAUGGGAUUUUCAAUUGGGGCCGGGAGUUAACAAGCGAGGAGAAAAAUAGGCUACAUUUGGCCUCAAAACAAACUAAGGGCAAAGGUAAGGGCAAAAGGACGCUGAGGAGUGACCCUAUUGAACCCGAAGAAGCGCUUUUCUGUCUCUAUGAGAUCAAUUUCAAUGUCAGGAAGGGCGAGUUUGUGGGGGUCAUCGGUUCGGUCGGUUGCGGCAAAUCUUCCCUACUAUCGGCCAUUUUGGCUGAAUUGAAGAUGCAACAAGGGGAAAUCGCCGUGAGUCAAGUCGAGUCUGGUUUCGGGUUUGUUACGCAACAGCCAUGGCUCCAGAGAGGCACUUUGCGGGACAAUAUCCUCUUCGGGAAAGCCUUUGAGGAUAAUCGGUACAAAUCGGUUUUGUUUGCUUGUGGUCUGGCUGAAGAUAUCUAUCUAUUGCCCGGGGGUGACUUGACCGGGGUUGGCGAAGGCGGAAUGACUCUUUCCGGAGGUCAGAAAGCUCGAGUGGCCUUAGCGAGAGCGGUGUACCAAGACAAGGCCGUGUAUUUACUAGAUGAUAUUUUAUCGGCCGUGGAUACGAAAGUUGCCAGACAUAUUUUCCAACAUUGUAUAAUGGGUUUGCUCAAAAACAAAACGAAAGUUUUGUGUACCCACCAUGUCAAUUAUUUAGUCCACUGUGAUAGGAUUGUCUUGAUGGAAAACGGGGUUAUAAAACAGCAAGGGAAACCCGCUGAUGUUCUUACCAACAUUGAUGACAUGUUGCCAAUUGAAUUAGAAUUGGGUGAAAGUAUCCAAUCAAAUGUUUCAUUUUUGGAAAGUAUUCAAAUUGAGAAAAGUGAAGACGAAAAUGAUAGUCUUCUUUUGGAAGAAGUCAGUGAAACAGGAACUGUUGAGUUUAACGUCUAUGCUAUGUAUUGGAAGUCUAUAGGACACGGUCUUGCAUUUAUGAUUCUUUUGGCUGUUUGUAUAAUGCAAACUUCAAGAAAUAUGACCGAUUGGUGGAUGUCAAAAUGGGUAAGCGAUACAAAUCCGAGCGAAAAUUUGAGUCAAUUCUAUGACGACCAACUGAGCGAAGGGAAUUUCUUUGAAGGAUUUUCAGACUCAAAUCCUAUGUCUUACUAUCUGAGAAUUUACAUCGAGUUGGCGUGUGUCAACACAGUUUUUACUUUGUUUAGAGCGUUUUUAUUCGCUUAUGGCGGAGUUGUGGCCGCUUCCAAGAUACACAAGUUGCUCCUAAGAUCGGUUCUGAAGGGCAAAACGACUUUCUUCGACAUUUCGCCGAUCGGUCGCAUCUUGAACCGUUUUUCCAGCGAUACUUACACUGUGGAUGACUCUUUGCCCUUCAUAGUGAACAUCUUGCUGGCUCAAUUUUUCAGCUUGUUAGGAACUGUCGUUAUAACGAUUUACGGUUUGCCUUGGAUUUGCCUUGUGUUGAUCCCUCUAAUUCCCGUCUAUCACUGGUUGCAAUACACUUAUCGUUUGACUUCUCGGGAAUUAAAAAGAAUAUCAAGUGUGACCCUUUCGCCGGUUUAUAGCCACUUUAACGAGUCAUUACAAGGUUUAACAACCAUACGUGCUAUGAGAGCAACUCAACGUUUCAAACGCGACAACGAAGAGAACGUGGAUGCCAACAUCAAAGCGCAGUUUGCAAGUCAAGCAGCUGCUCGCUGGCUAGGCCUUAGGUUACAAUUUAUAGGAGUUGCGAUGGUUUCGGGAGUUAGUUUUAUCGCGAUAAUUCAGCAUCAAUAUGACGUCGCUGAUCCAGGUCUUGUCGGCUUGGCUCUUUCGUAUGCGCUUUCUGUAACUUCGGCUUUAAAUGGCGUCGUUAAUGCAUUCACCGAGACCGAAAGAGAAAUGAUCGCCGUUGAAAGAGUCAACCAAUAUAUCAAAGACAUCCCUCCAGAGAGCACACAUUGCGUGAUCGACCCGCCUUUCGGCUGGCCCAGUCAGGGUGUUAUCGCCUUCAAAAACGUAGUCUUAAAAUACAGAGAGCACCUGCCGCCUUCGCUGCGUUUCGUAUCAUUCGAAACGCGCCCUUCGGAGAAAAUUGGAGUUGUCGGGAGGACCGGUGCCGGCAAAAGCUCACUCCUGUCGGCACUUUUUCGUCUGGUUGAGCUCUAUUCCGGCGAGAUUUCAAUCGAUUCCGUUAACAUUUCCCGCGUUUCGUUACAAGCUUUGAGGUCUCGUUUGUUUUGUAUACCGCAAGAGCCCUUCCUGUUCAGCGGGACGCUGAAGGAGAACUUGGAUCCGUUGGGGGAGUUUCGGGACAACGAAAUUUGGGACGCUUUGAAGAAAGUUAAUUUGACGGAGACGAUUCGUCGCUUGGGGGGGUUGAAGAAUAUUGUAGUGGGAGGAGGAGUGAACUUUUCAGUGGGACAAAAACAGCUGAUUUGUUUGGCCAGGGCUGUGUUACACAAUGCGAAGAUUUUGUGCAUUGAUGAAGCUACGGCGAAUGUUGACAGGGAAACCGAUCGCCAAAUCCAGCAAACUUUGAGAUCGGCGUUUAGGAAAAGCACGGUUUUGACUAUUGCUCACAGAGUUCAAACAAUUCUAGAUUGUGAUAGAGUAUUGGUGAUGCAUGAUGGACAGGUUGUUGAGUUUGAUCAACCUGAUAAUUUAUUAGCGAAUCCACACUCACUUUUUUACCAAUUAGUUAAUCAAGAUUGAUUUUUUACGUAAUCGUUAUGUAUUAUUUAUGCCAUAUAUUUUAUAAAUAAAACAUUAACGUUA